AUGGACGAGACUUUGAUUGCCACAAUCAACAAAUUGCAAGACGCUUUGGCGCCUUUGGGCGGCGGCUCGUCUUCUCCGGUAGACUUACCUCAGAUCACCGUGGUGGGGUCCCAAUCCAGCGGGAAAUCUUCUGUUUUGGAGAACAUUGUCGGAAGAGACUUUUUGCCCCGUGGUACGGGAAUUGUCACAAGAAGACCAUUGGUUUUGCAAUUGAUCAACCGCAGACCAGGUAUCAACAAGCAGGACAAGGAUCUUCUUAAUACCGUGAAUGACAAAGGUGAAGCCUCCGAAAACAACUUGGAAGAAUGGGGUGAGUUCUUGCACUUGCCCAACAAGCGCUUUUACAACUUCGAGGAGAUCCGUGAGGAAAUCGUGCGUGAGACGGAAGCAAAGACGGGCAAAAACUUGGGUAUUUCUUCCGUUCCUAUUAAUUUGAGAAUCUACUCGCCUCACGUAUUAACAUUGACUUUGGUGGAUUUGCCAGGCUUGACCAAAGUGCCAGUGGGUGACCAGCCAAAAGAUAUCGAGCGCCAGAUCCGUGAUAUGCUCAUGAAGUACAUUUCCAAACCAAACGCCAUCAUUUUGUCUGUGAAUGCCUCCAACACCGAUUUGGCCAACUCCGAUGGAUUGAAGUUGGCGCGCGAGGUUGACCCGGAAGGUGCUAGAACCAUUGGUGUUUUGACUAAGGUUGAUUUGAUGGAUGAAGGAACUGAUGUUGUGGAUAUUUUGGCAGGUCGCGUGAUUCCGUUGAGAUUCGGCUACAUUCCGGUGAUCAACAGAGGCCAAAAGGAUAUCGAGUCCAAGAAAACCAUUCGUCAGGCUUUGCAAGAUGAAGCGGCUUUCUUUGAAAACCACCCUUCGUACAAAGCCAAGUCCCAGUAUUGCGGAACCCCAUAUUUGGCCAAGAAGCUCAACAGUAUAUUGUUACACCACAUCAAGGGCACAUUGCCAGACAUCCGGAUGAGAAUUGAGCACUCAUUGAAGAAAUACCAGCAGGAGUUGUCUAUGUUAGGUCCUGAGUUGGAAGAGAGUCCUACAUCUAUUGCUUUAAGCAUGAUUACAAACUUCUCCAAAGACUACAACGAAAUCUUGAAUGGUGAAGCCAAGGAAUUGACUUCUCAGGAAUUGAGUGGGGGUGCCCGUAUUUCGUUUGUUUUCCACGAAAUCUUCAAGAACGGUGUCAAUGCUAUUGAUCCUUUCGACCAGAUUAAAGAUGCCGAUAUCCGUACCAUCAUGCACAACACAUCUGGCUCAGCACCUUCUUUAUUUGUCGGCACCCAAGCAUUCGAAGUCCUUGUCAAGCAGCAGAUUCGUCGUUUGGAAGAACCAUCCUUGCGGUGUGUGAAUUUGAUUUUUGAUGAGUUGGCCAGAAUCUUGUCUCAAAUCAUCAGCCACCCACAAUAUUCUCGAUACCCAGCGUUGAAAGAACGUUUGUCGCAGUCUUUCAUCCAGUUCUUGCGUGAGGAGCUCUCACCAACAAACAAGUUCGUUACAGACAUCAUUAGAUCGGAGGAGACCUAUGUUAACACAGCCCACCCAGAUUUAUUAAAGGGUUCUCAGGCCAUGGCAAUCGUGGAGGAGAAAUUCCAUCCAAAACCGCAAGUUGCUGUUGACCCUAAAACAGGCAAGCCUUUGCCACCUUCUCAACAACCACAGACGCCGCUGCCAGUUUCGAAGGACGAAACGAGUGGUUUCUUUGGUGGUUUCUUCUCAUCAAAGAACAAAAAGAGAUUACAGCAAAUGGAGGCACCUCCUCCAGUCUUGAGAGCAACCGGAACCAUGACCGAGAGAGAACAAAUGGAGACUGAGGUUAUCAAGCUUUUGAUUUCGUCGUACUAUAAUAUUGUCAAGAGAACCGUUGCCGACAUUGUGCCAAAGGCGAUCAUGUUGAAGUUGAUUACUCGGUCGAAGGACGAGAUCCAGAGAGAGUUGUUGGAGAAGUUGUACAGUUCAAAGGAUUUGGCUGACUUGGUGAAGGAGAAUGAGCUCACCGUGCAAAAGAGAAAGGAAUGUUUGAAGAUGGUGGAAGUUUUGAAGAACGCCAGCGAAAUUGUGUCCAGUGUCUAG